AUGCCUUCAAAGAAAGAAAAACAACAACAACAACUUUUGAACAAUCUGAAAUCACAGACAACACCUCUUGCUAAUAGUACCAAUACAGCACCAACAUCCGAUGUUACACCACUCGCGAAUUCGUACCAUAGUGUGACGACGAAUCGUUAUACAACAACGACGAUGAAGACAAUGAAUUUAAAUAAUGAUUCGAUGAAUGGCGUCGAUCAUUUGUCAUUGAUUCGCGAUCAGAAAAGUGAAUUGGAUGAAUUGAAUAAUCGCUUUUCGAAUUAUGUCCUUACUUUACAACAAAAAAGUAAAGCAAAUGAUGAUCUACAGAAGAAAGUUGACGCGGAAAAGCACAAAAAAAAAAGUUCAGAUAAACGAGAUACAAAUGACCUCGAAACCCAAAUGGAUGAACUCCGCACUGAUAUUGACGAAUCAGCCGUGUUAACCGAACAUUUCAUUCGUAAACGUAACCGUGCAUUGAAAGAAUUAGCUUUAUUGAAAGACAAAAUUCGCACUGAAGAAGAUCAAUCCUAUGCUAACCGUCGGCAAGCUUUAGAAAAUGAAUAUAAGCAGACGUUGAUGCAAUUGAAAGAUUUAAGUCGUCGUUUUGAAGAUUUAGAGAAAAUUGCUCAAACGAAUAAAAUCGAAAUGAAUCAAAUGGAAGAUUUAUAUAAAAAACUCGAAGAUGAAUUGCACGAUCUUGUUUUGAAUAACAUUCGUUUGGAAUGUAAUCUUCGAACAAUUGAAGAGCAAAUUUUGUUAAAAAAAGCCGUUUAUGAAACCGAAAAGAACGAUCUCGCUAAUGAACAAAUCAAACAACAACAAUUCUAUACCAAUGAAUUGGACAAUGCCAUCGAUGAUAUCAAACGUGAUUUUCAAGCUUUAUUGAAAAACAAUAAAGUUAUUCUCGAGAAUGCUUAUACCGAGCGCAUUGAACAAGUUAAAACCCAAAUAUCGACGUAUCAAGAAAAUAAACCUCAAGAAUCGUUAACGACAUCACGUGUGUCCAUCGAAACUAUACACGAUGAAUUGAAACAAGCGGAAAAAACACGUGAAGAUAUCGAAAACGAGUAUCGUCCGUUGAUUGAUCUUUACAUUUCGAAACAAAAGGAGAAAAAUCAGAUUGACGAAGAACGCAUUCGUUUGGAUAACGAAUACAGUCGAUUGUUGAACGAAAUCAAUCAGAUAACAGAAGCCAUUGAAGUUGGAAAACAAUAUUGGUUUUCUGUACAUUUCGAAUUAGAAACAUACAGACGAUUAUUAGAUUUAGAAUCAACAAAAACAUCCGUUCCAACGACGACUCUUACCAACGCGAAUAUCACGAAUAAUACAUCGUUGGUGAACGGAAAAGAUGAAAGCAGUAUAGUCGAAGAACCGAAAUCGAUAAUAACUGUGAAAAAAAACGAAUCUCAACGUGCCAUAUCGAAAACGGGUGAGAUAAAACGAUCGAGGAAGACAGAUGCUUUUCGUGAAGGUUCAAUCUUAAUCUGUAACAUUAUUUUAGGUAAAUUUGAUAUCGAUCAAGUCCAAGCGGGUUUUAUUUCCAUAAAUAAUGCCGCAACAAAUUGCGUAGAUCAGCCGCUAAAAGGCUGGACACUUGUUCGAAGUGUAAACGAUGCUGAUGAAUGUACCUUUCAAUUUCCUGAUAGUUACGUCCUCAAAGCGCGAACACGCGUCCGUGUGUAUUCGAACAAAGUUGACAACAACGGCAAUAGUACUAGCCGACUUGUCGCUAGUGCCAUUCCAGCAUGGGCAAGUACGGGUCAAGGUGAAAAUGUGAAGAUUAUUCUGCGUGAUGAAAAAGAUAUUAAUAGAGCUCAGUAUACAGAAAUAUGGCAAUAG